UAGGACUAUAAAUCUCCCAUUCGGCCACGCCCUCUGUUUCCAGUUUCUUCUGGUCCUUCCAAGCCUAAAGCUUUUCAAGCCCUUUUCCUGUUCGCUCCUCCUAGGGGUUCACAGUUUUCUACACGAAAGAUCUUUUAUUUGUCUCCUCAGGCGAACAGGAAAUUUCAAAGACAUGGAGCAGAACGAAGCUGGCAUCCAAGCUCCCGUCCUUUGCGUCAACAACUGUGGGUUCUUUGGAACCGUAGCGACCAUGAACAUGUGUUCUAAAUGCUACAAGGACACAGUCUUGAAGCAAGAGCAGGCUAGGCUCGCCGCUUCAUCCAUCGAGAGUAUCAUGAAUGGCGGCGGGAAGUCCGUAGAUGUUGUCGCAGUAAGCUCCCACGACGGUUCUGCAGAGUCCAGUGCAGUAACUGCCCAAGUCUCUCCCACACAACCCGAGAACAAUGGCGGUGAGAACACGAAGGACGGUCCGAAAAGGUGCAGCGCCUGCAGGAAGCGAGUGGGGCUAACGGGUUUCAGCUGUCGGUGCGGGAAUCUCUUCUGCUCGGUUCAUCGCUACUCUGACAAACACGAAUGCCAGUUCGAUUAUCAGAAGGCAGCUCAGGAUUCCAUAUCCAAAGCCAACCCGGUUGUUAAGGCUAAAAAGCUCGACAAAAUCUAGGGAGGGGGGAUGAAAGAGAGGUCUGAUAUGGCAUCUAUUCAAGAAAUCAAGGUUUUCAAUUUCUUGUUAUCAGUUUAGUGCAUCAUGUUAUGGCUUCAUCUGCACUUUGCUUAUUUAGUGGCUUGGUUUAUUGACAUUCUUGUGAUUAGCCUUCUAUAUACACUGCUUUGUAAAGUUUAUUUAAUUUCAAUCUUUUGGUUAUACACCAACUCUAUUUAAUUUCUUAGAA